AUGAAAGUUAAACCACUAAAGUUUAAACUUCACCACCCUGAAACUGUAUUCUACACGCCUAAUGCCUCCAUUGAAGACCGUGGUGAUCGCUUAUUGAAAGCUUCAAUCAAUCGUUUAUACUAUUUGCUGGCAAGAGCAGGAGGAGGUGAUCCCGAAUAUGAUGCUCUUGCUGAUCUUGUAACCAGUAAAGAACUCGGUCAGUGUGCCUUUUUCGUAGAUUUUUCAAUCGGUGAACCACCUAUUUCCCUGUUUGCUGUCAUGGACACUGGCAGUGACCUUACAUGGGUCAACUGCUUAACUGCCUUCGACCCCUCUGAAUCACGCACCUUCUCUCAAUACCCAUGUUCAGCUAGUUGCGAUAAAUGCUCAUAUGCCAAUGAAUGCAUCCUCCAGAUCGGAUACGUCGGUAAAUCUUCAGCUAGUGGUGUCAUUGCAAGAGAGAAAUUCACAUUUCAAUCACCAAGCGAAGAUAAUACGAUUGUAAAUGAUGCGGUGUUUGGAUGCUUCAGGAAGUUUUCUAAAACUAACGAAGACUUGCCGGGACUUUUUGGACUUGGCGAUCUUAGAACUGAAUUCUCUCUAUUGUCAAGAAAAUAG